AUGCGGUGUAGAUGUUUGGGCAAUCUGGCUCGUGUCCUGAUUCUUCGUCAACUAGCCACAGUCCAGGUGCUUCAAACGGCUCUUUCUGCGCUGUUCUACCACUUCGUCACAUCGAUCCAUGAUCCCAAUCCUACAGUAGCUCAACGAGCCAUAAUUGCUCUCAGAGCACUACCAAGCAGCAAGCUGAGUCCAUUUGACUGCUUCAUUAUGGAUCGUACGUCAUCAUUGUCAAUACGAUACGGCUGCUCACCACUCAACUCCCCGACGAGAACAUGCUCACCUUCGACUUUUUUAUACAGAGAUUUGAAACGUUGGUCCUCGAGAGCCAGUUGGUUAGCCAAAGCGAAGAUACCAUGUUCGUGCAAGAUUGAUGGCAAGUACGGAUCCAAUGAGUGA